AUGCAAGCGGCGCUGGCCGAGGUCCUGGUGCGUGAAACGCUCCACUGGGUCGGCCUCGCGCAGGUGCUGGCGUCGAGUCGGUGCCCGGAGGCGCCUGCCUGCCCGCCGAUCCCCUCGUGCCCGGCCCUGCCGGAGAUCCCCAGCUGCCCUGCCUGCCCGGGAGCUCCGCCGCCCCCCGCGCGGCCGUCCGCGCCGGCCAUCUCGGGCGGCUGGGCGGUGCCUCUGGCCGCCUUCAGCCUCGGGGGCCUCCUGGUCGCGCUCGUCGUCUGGGCCGUCGGGCGCUGGGGGAUGGCCGCGCUGACGGCGCCUGCGCUCGCGCUCGUGCUGUGCACGGUGGCGGGGCCCGCGGGGUACCACCAACGGCGUGUGCUGGGAUGCCGGCGCGCGGUGCGCUCGGCGACUGAGCUCGACCGGGUGCUCUUCGGGGCGCCGGACCUGGACGUGUACGAGGAGAGCUACAGGACGGGGACCCUCGGCGUCGCGGCUGACCGGCUCUGGGCUGGCGCGGACGUGGCUGCUGGGGGAGCCGGAGGCCCGAUCCCGGCGUACGAGUUCGUGCCGUUCGAGGCCGUCGCCGGCGUGAUGGCGGAGCUCGUGGCCGCGGCGGGGCCGGCGGCCCAGGGGGCUGGAGCAGGCCCGGCUCGGCCUCCAGGGCCCAUCGCCGCGGGGCCCGCGCCUGGCGCCGCGCCGGCCCUCGAGCCGGCCGCGGCAGUGGGGCCGGCGCCGCCUGUGUCCGUCGCGGUCCAGGCCGGGGGUUCGGGUCCUCCCAGCCGAGUGGCAGCCAUCCCAUAUGGGCUGUCGGUGGUCAUCCCGGCCAGCGGGGGGACCCCCUGGGGCUGGAGCUGGCGCGCGCAGGAGGACCUCGCCGUGCUGGUGACGUGCGGGCGGGCGAUGGACGUGGGGGCUCCAGGAGGUCCCCCCCUCGGCGGCGGUGCAGGGCGGCGCGCGGUGGCUCUGCUCCCCAGUGGACGUUCGGUCUUCGUGGCGCGCGUGGCGGACACGGAGGUAGACCACCUCAAGCGGGAGUGGGUGGGCUCGGACGCGCUCUCGCUGCCAGUGGUGGACACCGCGGUCAACCGCGAGCGGGCCAGGGCGUCCGUCAUCUCGGACUGCCGCGAGGAGGACAUCCCGGACUUCGGCGUGAAGGUCCCGAGGUCGGUGAAGUGGUGUGCGGCAUACCAGCCCCGCACUGGCGGGCCGAUCUGGCACUCGGAGAUGCGGGGGACGCACCGCUGGCUCGACAGCGACUUCGGCGUGACGGAGCACGAGACGCUCGGUAAGGUUGUGGAGAUGUUCGAGACCGUCGCCCCGCUGGACCUCUGCAUCUGGGCAGGGGUGGAGGUCGACUACCGCGAGCUCCAGCUGCUAAAGUACUACAGGGACGAGCGCCGGCAGGGGCAGCAGCGGGCCAACGCCAGGAGGCCGUUGGGCGAUGUGCAGGCCUUCUUGGGCAGGGGCCGCGCCGCCAGCAUGGGUUGCCCCGAGCUGCUGCAUCCGGUGUCGAGAGAGCUGGAAGUGAUUGCGGGCAUCAAGAAUAACGCGAUGAAGCUGCGGGAGGAGCUGGCCGCCUUGGCCAAGCAGGCGGGCCUGCUUCGAGACCUGGUUCAGACACUGAACCAGGUGGGCGCUGGCGAGCAUCAGCUUCGCCGCCAGCCGCUGGCCACGCCCCGUCACAUCCAGGAGCUGGCGCUCGCGCACCUCGCCAGCUGCUGCGCGGAGCUAGGCGGCCCACCGCUUGAACUCACGGCCGAUGCAGCCCUGCGGGAGCUGCAGGUCAGUCCAGCUUAUGGGGCUGAAGAGCCCCAGACGCUGGCCCCUUUGACAUUCGACCUCGUCUCGCUUCCCAAGGCGGGUGCCGUCGCGCGCCCUCUGGAGGAGCUCCUCAGACCGGAUGGCCCCGAUUUUGUCAGGGCUUUUCUCGACAGCAAGGUUUUGCCAAGUCGGCUUGCUGCGGAGCGGAAGGCUGAAGCUAAGUUCCCCAAGCCAUACCUCGAUCCCUGCCUCCGAGAGCGGGCCCGCCGUUCGGAGUUCACGCAUCGGCUGCUGGAGGCAGGGGUGCUCGACCUUGUUCCCGAGUCGGUCGAAGCACGCGAGGAGGUGGGCUUGUCCACGGCGUGGAAAAAGAAUGGCUCACAGAGACUUGUAGAGACUGUCGUGGAAGCAAUGUCCAUUUUGAGGAUCCCGAGCACGUGGAUCUCGCUUCUGCUGCCAGCUUGUCUUCAAUCGAGAUUCCUGGAGGGCAGGAUUGGUGGAUGUCAGGCGUAG